AUGGAUAUCCUCUACGGCGAUGGCCCCGUGGUCCCCUACCGCAAGCCUUCGCAGGAAUCCUCGCCUCCUCCUUCUCCCUCUCCGACGACGACCACGAACAUACACCGGUAUGACCAUGUGGAUAGGGAACUGACGAGUCCGCGGUCCCUGCCGUCGUUUUCCACAUCGUCUACGCCCGCGCCUCCGAAACCUGCGCCUCUCGAUACGAAUGUGAACGCCUCCUCCGCACGGCCGAAACUACCGGGACGACAAGAGACGCCGCCAUCACCACCCAACUCGGUGCUGCUGCAGAGCAAUCGGGGAUCGCCCAUCACUCCGGUGGAUAACAUGGGGGCCGUAGAUUCAAAGAUUGUUCAAGGACACGGUGGUGGCAGUGGUGUCGACUCGCAACACAAUUCGUUGAUGGAAAAGUUCACCAGGGUUUUCAGAGGCCACAAACGCGGGAGUUCGGAAAAUAGUUGGUCUACGACCAAGGGUGGAUAUCGGAGACAUCGGAAGGAUAACUCCCAUUCGACGAAUAGCACCGGGAAUCCACUCUCACUACACUAUCCCAUGGCGUCGUCGCAUACUUCGUUGCAGGAUGACCUUGAGCCCACAAUAGAGAAGCAGGGGCUCUAUCCACACAACAAGAACAUCAGCCCAAACAUCAGCCCUAUAAGCGCCAUUAGUGCCAGCCAGGGAUAUGUUGGGAGCAGCACGGGGAGGAGGAUUAUCAAUGGAGGUGAAGUGAGGAUAGAAAUCUUUCCGCAACAACAACAGCGACAGUCGACGGUGAGAGAUGUGGCACUUUUAGGCCACAACGACGGAAGUAUGAAAUACUACGACUACUACACGAGGUCGAAACCAACCAGUCCCGCUGGUACACAAGAGGACGACAUCUCCGAACAUGACAUCUCGCCGGUUAGAUUCGUGCCUUCACUCAUCCCAACAACGCAACCCCAGCAUCGAACGUUGCGAUCACGACAUGAUCUUGUACGUAACGGAACGGUGGAUACUCAGUCUUCUUCGGAAAGUCGGGAGAGGAGGUAUGUGGAGGAAUCUAUGGCUCGGGAAUAUGGGGGGUUUCAGUUCGAGGUUACGACCGACUCGCCAACUUCAUACGCUCCCGUCGGCAUGCCCAGGACCGAGAGUGAGACCUCGUCGAGGCCGUUCGAUCGCACCAGCAGGAAAGCGAGCAGUGGUGUUCUGAACGAUCCAUCGCGAAGCGAUUCGAGCAACUCGCGGAGCCAAUCGUCACUGACCAGGAACGGCACAACGGGGAGCACAUCGAGGCGACCGGUAAUGAGCAGGGAAAUAUCGUCGAGCUCGUUCAUCAUCAACGGGCGAAUAUCGACGCAGGGAGCCGGCGGCAGCACGACGGAAGAGCAAUUUGCGCAAGGAUUGAAGAGACUGAGCAAGAUAUCGGCAGGAAGUGGGGUGAGCGGAGUUGCUAUCGUCGUUACCGCCGACGGGCCUGCAUCUACGCGCCGCUCCGCAGGGAGCGACGGCGCAGACGACGACGACGAUCGUCAUGGUGGAAGCAAGUGGACGCGGGAAGAGAAAGGCAAAGCGAGAGCGCCGUCAUCUGAGCCCGGCACACACGACCAGAGGAGUCAUACGCGGUCGCGAAGCGGGCAGAGCGAGUGGACGAUCGGCACGGCGCCUACGCGCAGCAGCGACGAUUACGACGACUCGAAAAGUCUGAUUCCAGCGAUACCGGACAUCUUACAAACCCGGAAGCUGAAAGCACAAGAACCCAACGAGGAUGUUAUCGUGCACCCAGCGGACCCGAGAUACGAGUUCACUUACCGUAUGCGCCAGACAUCGGAUGACAACCCGGUAUUUGUACCACAAUACCGUUACGACGCACCGUUCUCGUUUCCCAACCGCAACGCGCUUGGUGCGCCCACUCCUGCGCAACCUCCCAAACCCGCAGAUGGCUCCCAGUACCCGUCGUCGUCGCCGCUGGUAAAUCGUGUGGGUGGUUCGCUCCUCAAGCGACCGCCAAGUGCCAUCCUACGUUCGCCUGUUACCGACCCGUUCGUUGGUGAUAUCCCGCAAGGAGACGACACGUACGACGUGCCACCGGGUAAAGGUCAGAAGGCCAGGGUGUCUCAGACUCAUCCCGCAUUGAGAGAAAUAAGGAACGGUGGCAGCUUGACCAGCCUAGAGAUUUUUGGGAGCGGCAUGAGGGCUGGUACUUUCGGUGCGGAACACAACAGACUCGACACUGGCAGAUCUUCCCAAGAUGUCGCCACCUCCGAGGAUGGGCAGAGAAUUACAUGUCGCGAUAAUGGCCUGCUUCGGCCACCACAAGAAGCCCAUCGUUCCAGUUGGGACCCGUCACGGUUCCUCGGCCAAUUUCCCGCGCGGCCCAGACAGUUUAUGCGUCGUUCCUUGACGCCACACCUGUACAGCCCGCAAGACGUCGACAUGGACCCAGCAAAGGUCGACCAGGACCACAGUACUUUACACCGACAACAGAAGAUCGGUCGGCUGCUGCUACUGGCGUGUGUGCUGUUUCCACCAUUGUGGUUCGUGAUGGCUUGCGGAGGGUUUGAUACCUUUGUCGCGAACUGGACAACUGGGGCAGUUCGCGGAGUCGGAAGCGUCGAGAGGAAGAUUGCGUUGGUCCUUGCUACUGUUGCGUGCAUUGGUGCUGUGGUGGGAGUGAUCGUGGGCAUAAGUGUGGCAUCCACAGCAGCGUAG